AUGUCCAGAUCAGCACCUGCCCUCCUCGGGGCUGUUGUUCUAUUCCCCAGUCUUCUGGCAGCGACCUGUUAUGCGCCCGAUGGAACAGAGUCCGAUUCAAGGUUUCAGCCAUGUAUCUCGAUCGAGGGCACACCGUCAAUGUGCUGUAGAUUGAACGACACCGAUGCCGACAUCUGUCUCUCCUCCGGCCUGUGCCUGUGGGAGAGCAAGAAUGCAUACUACCGAGACUGGUGCACACAGAAGGACUGGGACACACCCUUCUGUCUGUCCAAGAAUCUGUGUACGGGACCAAAUGAUCGAGUCAGCCAAUCGACUGUAAUGACCCGAUGUGAGGGCGCCGACACCUAUUGCUGCGGCGACGACCGAGACUGCUGCAAUGGAAACGAGACCUUCACCGUCGCGCCAACACUGGUGACGCUCAGCACCGAGAGCGAUGCCUCCUCGGCCGCGAACGUCACGACGGCGACGGCGACGGCCACCAUGACGAUCACAGGAAGCGCAUCGGCGGGCGAUAAAGGCGCGGCAUCAUCGACAAAACUUGCGAUCGGCUUGGGUGUCGGACUGCCUCUCGGUAUCAUUGCCAUCGUUGCCGGAGGAGCCGGGUUCUGGUGGGGGAAAAAGAGCGCGGCCAAGAAUGGCCCUUGGGCUCUUGGGCAAUAUCCAAACGACAACAAGCAAGCCACGCCGAUCCACGAACUGGAUGCAGGGCAGAAACGAACUGAGUUGCCCGGGGAUACAACUGCGUUCGAGCGUGAGUUGAUGUGA